CCUUCAAACCAAUUCAUUUCUAAUCUAAAAAAUUUAAUUACUUUUCAAAUCAAAAACACAAAACCCCUUUUCGGUUAAAACUUCUUCUAAUGAUUCCAUUGUAAUUUUUUCGAUUUUCCAACAAAAAUUCUCCCCGACACAAGAAAACAGAGGCUCUGCUCGAAGGAAGCCACUCCAGGGCCGCAGCAAUACAAAUCAACUCCUGGGGUUCGGCCCUCUCCAUGGUUUUUUCAACUGAAAAUUCUCAAUUUUUCAGAAUUUCGAAUGAUGGGUCUGAAAAAGAAUUAGACAAAUACCCCAUCUCAGAUGGGAGAGUCUCUGUUUUUCUGAUUGUCGAGGCGAUUCUUUCCAUUGGGGAGGAGAAUUGAGAAAUGGAAGACGACAUGUCGGAUAAGAGAUCGAGCUGUGGGCUUCUCAACGCCGUGUUUGGGCGGCGCGGGUUUUGGCCGAGAAGGAGCGCUUCCAGCGCUUCAUUGGCGAUGGGGAAUAAUCCGAACAACGCCGAUUUCGUUAAAACCGGGAACGCCAUCAAUUCGAAGCGGCGGCGGGGCGGCUCCGACGAGGCCUCGUUCCUUCAAGUUCCGGCGGAGAAUAAACCGGCGAACAAGGUGGGUCCGAAUCAACAGAGAGCGGUGUAUUCGAAUCAGCAGAAAGGGGCGGCGAUGUGUAAUCGGAAUGAAGAGUGUAAGAUCGCGGCGCCGGCCAUGGGGAGUCAUGGGUAUGUGGACCAAGGAAGAAGGGUGCCGAAGGAAGCCGUUGGGAUCUCCGGCGAGCUCGAGUGCAUGAUCGCCGAUCACCAGAAAUCAAAAGGAACGAAUGGGCUUGUGAGGGCCUCCUCCAGCAAUGUCAUGUUGUUUGGAGAUUUAGGUAACUUGAGACAACAAGGUAGGGGUGGAGGAGGAAAUGCAUACAAUGUGGUUGAUUAUGUGCCCAACACAGCAAGAGAACAGAGUUCAGUAACAAAUGGGAAAUAUCAAAAUGGUGGAAUGGGAAAUAUAGCCAAGAGUCCAACGAAACAGAGCGUAGAACAAAAAUCGAGUUCUCUUUGUCGAGCGUUGUCAACUCGAAUGGAUCCGGAGCAGUUAAAAAUUAUGGGGAAUGAAGACUACAAGAACGGAAGAUUUGCGGAAGCCUUAGCUUUGUAUGAAGCUGCAAUCGCAAUCGACCCGAAGAAGGCAUCGUAUCGAAGCAAUAAAAGUGCAGCUUUGACAGCUCUUGGUAUGCUUCUCGAUGCAGUUUUUGAGUGCAGAGAAGCCAUCCGAAUCGAACCUCAAUACCACCGAGCUCAUCAUCGACUUGCGAGGUUGUAUCUUAGAUUAGGAGAGGCAGAGAAGGCAAUGUAUCAUUACAAGCAAUCAGGACCAGAGGCCGAUCAGGACGACCUAGCGAAAGCCAAGGCUGUUCAAACUCAUUUGACCAAGUGCACCGAAGCGCGAAGAUUACGAGAUUGGAACACCCUCAUCAAGGAGACUGGCUUUGCAAUAUCAUCUGGAGCAGAUUCUGCACCACAGAUCUUUGCUUUGCAAGCUGAGGCCUUGUUGAAGCUUCACAAGCACCAAGAUGCUGAUGAAGCCAUAUCAAGAGGUCCAAGAUUUGAAGUGGAUGCCUGUACUAAGUUCCUUGGCCCUAUUAGUAAUGCCAAUUUACUAGUUAUUCGAGCUCAGGUUCACUUGGCUGCAGGCAGAUUCGAGGAUGCACUGGAGGCAGUGCAGCGGGCUGCUCGGCUUGACUCGAACAAUCGAGAUGUUAAUGCAGUGAUGAGGCGGGCUCGAGCUGUCACAGCUGCUCGAUCAAAUGGCAACGAGCUAUUCAAAACAUCCCGAUUCUCAGAGGCAUGUCGUGCAUACGGGGAGGGACUUGAGCAUGAUCCAUACAACUCCGUACUGCUAUGUAAUCGAGCUGCUUGCCGGUCGAAACUAGGACAGUUCGAGAAAGCGGUUGAAGACUGCACGGCAGCCCUCAACAGUCGCCCGUCGUAUGGCAAGGCUAGGCUGAGACGAGCAGAUUGCAAUGCCAAGUUGGGAAGAUGGGAAGCUUCAAUACAAGACUACGAGAACUUGCUCAAAGAAACUCCCGACGACGAGGAAAUCAACCAAGCGCUUGCCAAUGCUCGGACGCAAUUAAAGAAGCACUGAGGCAAAGACGUAAAGUAUAACGGACCAAAUUAAAAUUUACGAGUCAUUAUCAUGUAUCGAAUGAGACGACGGAACCAAGCACCGGCCAGCUUAUGUCAAUCUUAAAAAGGGCCACCAUUAUGGCAAAGGAAAACCACCAGGAUCUCAAGGAAGUUGUAAGGGUAAAAGUAAAACCCAGGUUUUAAAAUUAAGAAAAAUGAGAGAAGCCUCAUAGUCUCAAGUACUGAAUGGAUAUGACCUGUAAUCUCUCAGCAGAAGUUUGUUCUUUAGGUUUUGACAGGACCAACUUGUUUCUGUAUAGCUUAUCUACUUGUAGUUUAAGUUCCAAACCAUAAAUUUUAUGGCAAGUACUCUUCAUAUUAAGCUACUUUUCUUCCUUUGUCUUUAA